AUGUCAAAGCAAGAAAGUAAUCUAUGUGUAGACGAUAAGUCAGCUACAAAAACUACGGAACCGUCUCAUAAAAAAUCACUUGGUUGUUGUGGAGAGUAUGGGCGUACUGUAGCUCAUGGCCUAUUUCGAAAGAAACAUUUCAAAGAUAUAUUUCAUAAUGAUCUUAAUAAAACUUUAACAACCAUAAGUUUGAUUCUUUAUGGCUUAGCAUGUAUGCUGGAUGGAGGCAUUUAUGUGUCGACUGGUGCUGUAAUAAAUGCACAAACUGGACCGAGUGCUUUUCUUGCUUAUAUUAUAGCUACUUUUGUAGCAAUAUUAAAUUCUCUGAUAUAUUCAGAAUUAGCAUGUCAUGUUCCAAAAGAUGUUGCAUGUUACGGACAUGCACACAGCAUUCUUGGUGAACUCCCAGCAUUCAUAACUGCAUGGUCAACGUUUAUUGAUUACAUACUAAGUGCAUCACUAGUUGCACGUAGUUGGAGCAACAUAAUCGACACUUUUUCAGGAAACAGGAUAAGUUCGUGGAUAAUAAUUACAUUUGGAAGAUUAUCAUCUCCAGAUGGAUUGUUAUCAGAAUAUCCUGAUUUCCUCAGUACGAUAGUGAUUCUUAUUUAUGGCAUUUGUUGUUGUUUUGGACUACGUAAAAAUUUAGCUUUGACCGUGAUCUCAAGUGCCGUUAACGUUGGAGCAUUAUUGAUAGCUACUAUCUAUAUGUUUAUUCAUGCUAAAACAAACCAUUAUUCCAUAAUAUAUUCUGGGAUCACAACAAAUAUUAAAUAUUUUCUACCUUAUGGGAUUCUCGGUUUAUUAAGUGCAACAACAAUUAGUUUCAAUGCUUUCGUUAGAUCCAGUGCACCAUCAUCACGUGCACAAGAAGUUAAACGUCCUCCUUAUAGCCUACCUGCAGCCAGUGUAACCAGCAUACUCAUUGUGGGACUCGUCACUACAUUAUCUGCAUUAGCACUGACAUUAUAUUAUCCAUGGUUUUAUGUCGACGCAGAAAAUGCAUUUUUAAAUGCAUUGAAAGAUAACAAAGAAUCUACUGGUGCAAACUUUGGAAGAAUAUUCAUGUUUUGUUUAGUUGGCAGUGGGUUUGUACUUGGAUUACUCACCAGUUUGAUAUCACCAAUGUUGGCCAGUAUAAAUAUUUGUUUAGCUAUGGUCCAUGAUGGUUUUAUGCCAUUCAUGUUUUCUCGUGUUUGCCGACCCUUCAAGAGACCACUAAUGACGACAAUAUUCAUUAUAAUUUUCACAUGUUUGUUUAGUACAAUAUUUACUGUACAAAGUUUGGCAAGUUUUUUAAGUUUAGGCACAUUAAUUGCCUAUUGUAUUAGUGCUAUCAGUGUCUUAUUUCUACGUUAUCGAUCACAGACAAAUGAUCCUGAAGAUAUAAAUGAAUAUGAUAAUGCUAAUUGUAAAGGUUUUGAAAACUAUCAGAAUGUAUAUUACAGUAAGCGAAUUGGUCAACCAGGAUUCAUUAAAAAGAAAAUUGGUUUCCGUUUAUCUGAUCGUAUGUUAAAAUUUAUCAAUUCUGGUGUUCCUGGUAGUAUGGUUGUUUUUUUAAUAUCUAUUUAUGUAAUAUUGAGUAUUGCAUUGGUUGGAUGUUUGACCAUUGGAGUAUCUGGUAGAAUAGCAUCAUUUAUGAAGAUCAUUGCUACUGUACUUACUAUUUUACUACUCAUGUUAACUAUCAUUUUCAUCGGUUUUAUUAAACAGUUCAAGUCAAAUGAUGCUAAUUCGUAUCGAGUUCCGUUGGUUCCACUGCUUCCUUGUUUUACAUUAACGAUAAAUCUACUCCUUCUUUCGCGAAUUUCAUGGUUUAGUUGGGUUCGUUAUGGUAUUUGGAUGUUACUCGGUUUAUUAAUAUAUUUCUUAUAUGGAAUUAAAAAUACUUAUCGAAUAUCAGAAGAAAAUGAAAGUGUAAUUUCAUCAAAUUGUCUUAGUGAUAUAGAAUAUGAAAAGAAAUCAUCAAAAAGUAAUUCAUCAACGGAUGAAUCAAUAGAAUUUGUUGAUCCAAUCAGAUUUUGAUCAAAUGAUUUUCACUAUUAAUUGACAUGAAUUAAAAAUUCGAGAGAAAAAAAUUUUUUUUAUUUAUUUUCUAACAUCAUAUGAUUGAUUAAAUGAGAAACAGCAACAACAACAACAAAAACAAAAAACAAAUUAGAGACAGAGAGAGAACUCAUGUUACAUUACAUAGAUACAUAUAAUUCUUUCAAUCAUUUAAGAAGACGAUAAGAAUAAAGAUUAUAACAGAAUAGUAUGAAUUCAUUUUAUUUAUUUAUUUUCAUAGAAUUCUGAUAUCAUAUAUGUAACAUUUUAUGUUAAAAAAACAAGAGACAAUAUCAUUUAUUAUAAAGAUUUUUGGUUAAA